AUGGAUGGUGGAGGUGGAGGUGGUGGUGGAUGGGGUGGAGGGGGAGGGGGAGGGCCAGGUGGCUGGGGUGGAGGUCAUGGAGGCGGAGGGCCGGGUGGUUGGGGUGGCGGUCCUGGAGGCGGAGGGCCGGGUGGUUGGGGUGGAGGUCCUGGAGGGGGUGGGCCUGGUGGAUGGGGUCAUGGGCCAGGAGGACCAGGUUGGGGUCCAGGUCCUGGAGGACCAUGGGGUCCUGGCCUGGGAGGACCUUGGGGUAGGCCUGGUGGAUUUUGGGGUCCGGGAUAUGGUGGCGGGUGGUGGGGUGGACCUGGUGGGUUCUUUGGUGGCUUUGGCAAUGGGAUAUACGAGAUGAUAUAUUCAUGUUUCUCUUGCUUGUGCUGCUGUUGUUUAGUAGAUGAAUGCUUUGGCGGACCUCGUGGCGGAUACGGACCUCCUGGAGGACCUCCUCCAUUCUGAUACAGUUUGUUUUCCUACUACAGUACUACUAUUAUGAGGUUGGUUCACUUGGUUUGAAUACCAAAUGUAGCCACCUAAUAAUUGGGAGUUAUAUAUAGUAUUAGUCAUGCAAGUGGUUACAAGUAAGACAGAUUAUUACUUGCACAUUGUGUUUUGAGUUUUGUUAAUGUAGAUUUUAGUGAAGAAAGUUGUAUUGUGUGAGCUUUAUGCUGAGUUCUUCAGUUACACUGUUACGAGAACCUUGUUGUUUACUUCAAAUUGAAAUGAUAGAUACUUAUUCUUCCAAA